AUGGAUUCAGAAGCUCAUGAGAAGAGAUCACGGAUCCUAACAUCUUCAAAACAAGGUCUGUCUCCUCACAUUACAAACGUUGGAGAAAUGAAGCAUUACUUGUGCGGCUGCUGCACAGCUUUCAACAAUGUAGCGAUCACAUAUCCCAUUCAGAAGAUCCUCUUUCGGCAGCAGCUAUAUGCGCUCAAAACCCGGGAUGCAGUCCUGCAGUUGAGAAGGGAUGGAUUUCGAAACCUGUAUGGUGGAAUCCUCCCCUCAUUGAUGCAGAAAACCACUACCCUGGCCCUUAUGUUUGGUCUCUAUGAGGAUUUAUCUUGCCUUCUCCGGAAGCAUGUCAGUGCUCCUGAGUUUGUAACCUGUGGCGUGGCAGCAAUACUUGCAGGGACAACAGAAGCCAUUUUCGCUCUAUUGGAAAGAGUUCAGACACUGCUUCAAGAUCAUAAGCAUCAUGACAAAUUCAUAAACACUUACCAGGCUUUCUGGGCACUGAAAUGUCAUGGGACUAGGGAAUAUUAUCGAGGUUUGGUGCCUAUUCUUUUCCGAAAUGGAUUUAGCAAUGCCCUUUUCUUUGGCCUUCGAGGACCUACUAAGGAGCAUCUGCCUACAGCGACGAUGCAUAGUGCUCAUUUGGUCAAUGACUUCAAGGAGAAAAUUAUGUUAAAUCCAGAUGCUGGAAAGCAAGGAAGGCUGAAAAUAAAUGAAUUCAGCUUAUAA